CAGUGACGGGUUUCAAGAAAACAAUCAUGGAAAAAAGGGUCUAUAGUUCAACAUGGGCACAAAGGGAUUAUCGGAAACAAGAAUGUGGGUACGCGUGAAUGAACUGAAUUGUGUGUGGACACUGAACAAAGUACACUAUUCAAGUACUUCUCAAACUGACUCACUCAGUGUUGACAUAGUGGAAUUGAAACUACCUAUCUACAGUGAAGACGUCGGACAGAAAUAGCAGCCUUAAUACACAUGAAAUAGGACAACGAUUACUUCACCAAAAUGAAAUGACUAAGGCGACUGACAGAAAGAGUGACUUCCUCCGUUGCACUUUUGCCAAUGUUGCCUGUCCACAUUCCACUACUCUAUUCUCAGGUAGGACUGAGCCAUAUACAGAGUAUACCUGUGCAUUCUGGCUGAGUUUCAGGCAGUCAUGCUUCCGGAGCUAGUGGACUGAGCUAUCCAGAUCGUAACAGCUGACUUUAGACUAUUUCUGUACCUGAGCAGUCUUAGACUGGACUGCAGAAAGAUUCUGAUCCUCUCAAUUGCUUUAUCUCUACACCAGAGGGAUUUUGAACAGUAAACACACACUCAUGUUCCCCUGUAACGUACACGGCUACUGUAUGAUAUCAACAGUGUCUAUGAUAAGGGGAAGAAGUUGGACACUUAACAGCGACUCUGUUGUAAACAGUUGAGGGAAGGUGCAGUACCAGGAGAUAGGCCUACUGGGCAGGAUGAGUUCCAGAGGUGCCAGGCCCUCUUCUCCCCCCAGCUCGCUGGAGCGCCCGGCGUCACAGGACUCCAUGGAGGACUACUGGAGCGAGGUCAAGAACAUCGAGGAGGAUGGCGAGCAGGUCCACGAGGACCUGCUGGAGAGGGGCAGCAUGGAUGAGGCUGAGCUUGAAGAGGCGUGGCUGCAGGAGGCGGGGCUGUCCACAUUGGUGUCGGGGGAGUUGGGGGAGGGGCCUGCAGAGGCGCUGCUCUCCACGCUGACGCGCUCGCAGGCAGCCAUGGUGAAGAAGCGUGUGGACAACUACACCCUGACCAUGAGGAAGAGGAACAAGCAACCGGCCAGACACGUCCAAGACGUCUUCUCCACGCCAGAUACAUUGUUGGUUGAUCCCAUACCGCCUGUGUCCCCCAAGUCACCCAAUGGACACAUGGCUUCCAGAUGCAUCCACCGGACAUCUUCAAGAGUGCGGCCUGCUUUUCCCAGCUUCUCCCCGGUGGAGAGACGUGUUUCAGAGUGCCCUCCCUCUCAGGAUACCUCUGACACCCUGUCUUUCGAAGUGCCUUACUCCGAGGGCGUCACUGCCCACCGCAGGGGCCGCCAGGGGGACUGCCAGGACUGCCAACGCAUCCGCAGAGAUGACCCCGACCUGCCAACAUUUCAGCUGCCUAGGCCUAAACUAGGCCUCACCCACAUCCAAGAUCUGUCUUGUGCGGACAUGAAGAAGAUCGGCUACAUCUCUCUGAUUGAACUGACCACGUUCUACGACUGCCUGGGCAUUGAGCUCAAACGCAACCGAGCAGCACGCAGCAAGGCCAGAGAAAGUGGUAUAUUUGGAGUUCCCCUGACCACUCUACUGGAGAACGACCAGAAGAAAUUCCCCGGGUCCAAGGUUCCUCUCGUCUUCAGAAAGCUCUUGUCCAAGCUGGAGCAGACAGGACUACAAACAGAGGGGAUUCUCAGAGUACCAGGGUCUGCAUCCAGAGUAAAGCAUCUGCGCCAGGAGCUGGAGCAGAAGUUCUAUGAGGAGCGGUUUGACUGGGAGCAGGUGAGGCACAAUGACGCAGCGGGUCUGCUGAAGAUGUUCAUCAGAGAGCUGCCUUAUCCUCUGCUCACGCUCCAGCACUUACCUGCCUUCGCCGCUGCACAGAGUGUCUCCUCUCCCAGACACCAGAUCCAGGCCCUGCACCUCCUCAUCAUGCUGCUCCCUGAGCCCAAUAGAGACACACUCAAGGCCCUGUUGGAGUUCCUGAGGAAGGUGGUAGCCUAUGAAGAGAAGAACAGGAUGAGUCUGUGGAACGUGUCCAUGAUCGUGGCUCCCAACCUCUUCACCUACCGGGGCAAGAAUGCCAAGCAGGAGGAGAUGCAGGCGGCAGCCGGGGCGGCCCACCUCGUACGGCUACUCAUCACAUACCAAGAACUGCUCUGGACCGUGCCCUGCUUUCUCAUCUCCCACGUGAGGAAGUUGAAUGAGGCUAGCAAGAAGCCGCCCAGCUCAGAGAAGACCAAAAGGAAGCUGCUAAUGAUGAGGAAGAGGAACGCUGAGAAGACUGAAAGGAGCGAGUUGACUGACCUCCGCGAAGGGGUCAUCAGGGUUCACGCCCCACUACAAGCUAAGAUCUCCAUGGCGAUCCAGUUGGACAACGAGACCAAGGCCAAAGAUGUGAUGGCGCGCUUCGAUUAUGAGAACGGUCGUGGCACCAGAAGCACUAGCCAGAGGCCAGUACAGUAUUUGUUUGAGGUCGGAGGAAACAUAGGCGAGCGCUGCUUGGACCCUGAGACUCACCUACUAGACGUGUACCAUGUGAAUCCGCACUGUGAAUGGCUUUUAAAACCCACGACCACAUGAGAACUGAGGACUCACCCACUCAACACAGUCAGCAAACUGAACCACUGCCCUCUUGUGGCCGUCUUCGUGAACUGAGCAUGCAUGGAGGCCUUGUUGACUGUAGGUUCAGUUAAGGUUUUAUCCCAAACUAUGGACCACUAAAAAGAGCGAGAGCUGGAAGAGGAACUAUGGAGAGAGACAUUCUCCUCCUGAAGGAAGGACUCAACAUAGGCCAUGUUUGUGGGAUUGAACCUUAUAACAAACUACUAAAUAGGACAGAAGCACUAUACUCUGACUAGCUGGGUUCUGGAUGGAAGUAUUUGGAGGUGGGACAGCUUUGUGAAGACAUACGUGACUGACGACAUCCCAUUGCUUGCCAUUUGAAUUGUUUUGUGCCAGAUAUUCACCUCCUGGGUCGUUCCACCAAUUCAGUGCCUUUUGAGGAGAGUAACUUAUUUUACACUACCAUUUCACUGUUAGAUGUUCAAUGUUUCUUUUGAAAAAUGUUUUUCAAAAGGAAUAGUCUCGCCACAUUAAAACGAGUGUUCUGUUUACGUAACAGGAUUGACCUUAAAAUGAGGGACAGACUAAUCACAUGAAAUAAUAAUCUUCAGAAAUGACUUUGUCAAAGCAACAAAAUAGCACGGCUUUACAAGGAUGGUGAAAUGUUGCGGUUAAGUUGCUUAAAAUCUUCUGAAAAUCAGAGGGUGCAAGGAGGGACACUAGCAAGUCUUUAUUUAUAUAAAACAUCUGAUUUAUUGAAUUUUCCAUGUGGUCUAUAUCAAAGGGCACUUCAUUUAAUAAAACAGGGUUUUAAAAUUCAAUAUUGUUGCACAAUUUCUACAUAAAAUAUGAAAAGGAUGCAAAAGGAACUCUUCGUGGAACGACCCUCCUACAGAGGCCAUGGACACAAUAACAGACAAUGUGUACCACUUCAUGCAAGACCCAGUUAACAUUUACUUGCUAUAUUUAUACCACACAUUUAUCCUGCUUAUUGUAUUAUCACACAUUCUCCAUAUAACUUUUUUAUCAUUUAUAAGAGCAGAAUGUUGAUUGCAAAACUAUUGGAAGUGAGGAGAUUCAGAAGACUAGCAGUUUGGGUUGUUGAGUUCAUGAUGGUGAGGGACAAGUGGAGAUGGGAGAGGCCUGAUACUGAAUACAGACAUUGGCUCUGUCUGAAACUUUGUUUCAUGGUUUCCUGUCCUGCUGACCGCUGAUUGGUGUCUAGAACUGAUCAGGACAAGGCAGGUGAAAACAACAUAGUGGAAACCUAUCCAGUCCUUUCACCUGCUAGUGGUCAUCAAGGACAUGAGAUAAUUCAGAGUACUGAGACGCAGGCCCACAUCGGAACUGUGACCAUCGAUUCAGGCCAUUGUUCAGCCCACCUUCUUUGCUUUUUGGAUUUGCAUGUUGAGCACUAAUAUAAAAAGGUCCAGAACUCAAACAUCUCCCUCCUGACACAUCUCCCCACCCCAAUGGACUGUGAAUGUUGUACCUGUGGCUUGUAGAAAACAAUGUACACACUACACUAGGACUUAACAACUCUUUCAACCAAUCCUGUAUGUCCAGUCUACAUAAGAGACAUGCAUUACUAAUGAACUAAACUGACUUUGCAUGCCUGGAGAGUGCUUACAAUACUUUAAUGAAGGAAAGGAGAAAAGGCAUAGAGUGGCCAUAAAAAAAGGCCCUUCAUAUCAGUGUUAGCCUGGCUUCCAAACUGAUUAUUACAUUUCACCAUGGUUUCUUUCCAAACGAUGGUAAGAGCAGUGUUCAGUCUGGUUUAACCAGGCUAGCCCUCGCUUGCUUAUGAACUUGUGAAUAAUGUUUACUUGCAGGGCGUGUAUGUUUUAGCCCAAUCAACCUCUCUCCACUUUAUUUUACUCUGUGGUCUUAGUAGUUCAAUGUUUGCCUGUGCCUUGGUUGUCAGCCUGUGGUUUUUGUUGUUUUUAAGUAUUCUGUGCUUCCAAAUGAACCUGUAGCAAUUGUGUCAACAAGACAAAGGUCGUAAUGUUGAUUUGACUUUGCGCAGGACUUAAAAUUAUUUAUCCUUCCAAAGCCAGUGUGUAAACAUUUUUUGUAAAUGACUGUGCACCAUAUACUCUUACUAUGUGUGUAUUUUCUGUAUAUAGAAUACUGAUUUAGCAUUUUUUUUAUUUUUUUAUUUGCAUUUAUUUUAUGAAUAUUAUUUGACCACUGUUGACAGUUUUGGCCAAGUGGCACAAUGUAUCUGACACAGUAACAACUGAAUAUAACGUCAAGUUAAAAAUG